AUGGUUCUCGGGCUCGGCCAUCACACCCACCACUCGCAGAGGGAGCAGAGCGACGAGCGAGGACGUGACCCUUUCAUCGCCACCGGUCGAGGUGGUGCGGGUAACAUCAUUCGUUCUCCCUCGCGCUCGCGUGACCGCUCGGGCAAUGCUAUCCCCCCCGAGGCCGUCGCCGCUGCUUCGCUGCCUCACCACAUGAUCUCGAGCGGUCGAGGUGGUGCGGGCAACGUCCGAUCUCCCUCGCGCGACCCACUCGACCGAAAGAAGGCCGCCGAGGCACAGGCUCGCGAGGACAAGCUGCAGGAAGAAUACCGACACCACGAAGUCAAGGCCGUCCACUCGACCGGCCGUGGUGGUGCCGGCAACAUCGCUGCCACUGAAGAAGAGCGUGGACGUGGCCGCGACUCGAAUGGAAGUACUGGAGGAGGAGGAGGAGUUGCAGGUCUGCUGAGGUCGCUCUCGAGGUCGCGUUCACGCGAGCCCCGAAGCAACGGCAAGAACUCGCCCCAGAACCGCUCCCAGUCGCGACCCAGGGCGUCCGAGUCGAGUAAGCUGCCGCAGGUCGACGAGACCAGUCGCAGCUCCGAGGAGGGCACGGCCUUUUCCACCUCGACUCACGGGGCCCGUGGCGCCUGA